AUGCCUUUCGAACCGAAGAAGAUUACUGUAGAAAGCUAUAUGUAUUUGCGACGACAGAUCCCAUAUAAUGAGAUCGGUGGACAAACUCUGGUGUUGAACGUUUUCGACUUUGAUCGAUUCGGAAAACACGAUCAGAUUGGUCAAAUUUCCAUUCCACUUGGAAAAAUCGACCUCGCCACAACUAUUGAGAAAACCGUACCCAUUGAAAGCCCUCCGGCAGAAUCGACGACGGAGAAGUAUGCCUUGCCUUGCGUUUACGUUCUCCCUAACAAGAACUAA